AUGGGAUCUUGGCAAGCAUAUGCUAGGGAAAUUGUUGAGAUUAUUCACUUUUAUGGCGAGUUAAAUGAAACAGAUUCUGUAUGUUUCAUUGAAAGAAUUUCAUUAGAUUCUAGUAAACAGAAUAUAUCAAAGUAUUUAGCAAACAAUAAAUAUCAAUGUCAUCAUUCAAAUGACCUGAAAAUAUUGAAGUUAAAUGUAUAUGAUAAGAUCAUUAUAUAUGAAUGUGAUGGUUUGAAGAAAGAAUUCUUCGAACAAGCUUUAAAGCAUCUUGAAAAAGCGGAAGGAAAAUUACUGAUAAUCAAGAAACUUCAAAAUUGGAUUGGUAAAUUCAAUGACGAACAAUGUGAACAAUCUGCUAUCGAAGUGAACUCUUUGUUUAGAGAUUUAUUAGAUGCUGGUUUCAAUAUUCAGUGGGACGUAGUUGAUUUACCUGUCAACAUAAAUUAUAACAGAUGGUUUGAAAGUGUAAGCUAUUGUUCAGAACAUUUAAUUCAUAAUAUGAAAGCCUCUCUCAAAUAUAUUCCACUGGAUCGUGAAAAUAUUAGAAUGAAUGAACAACUAUUAAUAAUUAUCGCUAGUCCGAAGCUUCAUACAGAUUGUAAAUUCAAACUAAUAAAGCGAUCACUAAAGUCUAAGCAUAAACCAACCAAUAAAUGCAGCUUAUAUCAAAACACAACAAAAGAUAAAGAGAAAGUUCGUUUUAUCAUAAUUGAAUUUAAGAAAUACAUAACAAGAUGA